AUGUUAAAGUUGGUUAUUAUUGCUCUACUUUACCAAGAGGUAAGGCUAAUAAUCAAAGGCGACUGGGUUAAGUGCUCCUCCAACAACGAGGAGUUCUUGAAGUUCGAAAUGUGUAGACUGAGGUACUAUAAAAAAGAUAAUCAGGAGUUUUCGUAUUACGCCAAACUUUUGAAGACCGUCACCCACAGUGAGGCAAGAUUGGAAGCCACAUUUGUAACACCCAAAAAGCCCUUGAAUCUGCUUAACCUCACCCUUGAUGGUUGUGAGCUGUUGAGAGGCCGCAAGAAAUUGUUUGCGGCCAGGCGAAUUUUCGAUAUAAUUGCAAAGAAUACUAACUUCAAUCACUCGUGUCCCUAUACGCACGAUAUUUUCGGAACCAAUCUUACGCUGGAUGUGCGUCAAAUUCCAUAUGCUGUGCCAAAAGGAAAAUAUUCUCUCAAAGUAACCUUCAAUGUUAAUCGCGGUGCGAGUAUAAUCGUUGUGGAGGGGUUUGGGAAUAUACUUUGA